CAGUGAAAAAACUUAAUUUUGAAACUGAAAAUGGCCAACAAAGUCAACACAUAUCUUGUAGCCGUUACAAUUAUAGAAGGAAGACACUUUAUUUGGGACAACAUGAAUUCCGCAGUCAUUGUGCGAGUGGCCAAUAAGAAAAAAUGCACUUCAGUCCAGAAAUUUACGGAUUGUCCCUUUUACAAUGAGUAUUUCGUGUUCGAGCUACAUUCCACCUAUGAGAAGCUUCUGGAAAAAGCAAUUACCAUAACGGUGAUCCAGCCGAGGACUUUUUGCAGAAAACGCAAAAUUCUCGGCAGCGUCAAGCUGGAUGUCGCCACUGUAAUGAACCAGAAAAACUGCCAGUUCUACCAUAGAUGGGCAGUUCUGGCCAGUCCAAAAGCGGAUGUUGCCAGCGGCCCGACUGGCUACGUAAAACUGGACAUCACAAUUUUAGCCAGAGGCCAAACUCCCAAACUUCCACUUCACAUUGCCAACGACGAAAUCGAAGGCAAUUUGCUCACUCCAAUGACUUUCGUCGGAGAGCGGCAAAGAGCUAAGUUCACUUUCAACAUCUAUCGAUGCGAGCACUUACAUGCGAAGAUCCUGCAAUUUAUCGAUCCAAUUCCCGGAAAACACAGUGCGGCAAUUGAUAUAAAACCUUCCAGUCAUGUUACUGUAAGCUUUGCUGGAUCAGUUGCCAAUACCACUAAAAGAAAAGGGACAGCAGAUCCUGUUUUCAAUGAAAAACUCACCAUAACUGAUCUGUUCCCCCCUCUAUGCCAAAGAGUCAAGCUGGAGAUUUGCUUUAAUGGAAUUAAAAAAUCCGUUCAAGCUGUCCAUUUUUUGAACUUAAAGCACAUUUCCAAUGACACAGUUGAGGGAUUCCUGCCCACAUUCGGACCAGCCUACAUCUACCUUUACUCCAAGCAAAUCCUCGAAGGUUACGCGGGUACCAUUCUGAUGUCCAUGCGAACUGAGUUUCUGGACGACACAAUCGCCUCAAGUGCGGCCCACAAAACCAGCAUCCAGCAUGGAAUUGCCGCUUUAAAUGAAGAAAACUUGUUUUCCUUCGAACAAGUGUUUUUGUUUGCUGCUAUUUUCGAGGCCAACUGCAUAUCGAAGAAAUACAGCGACAAGCUGGUGUCUUUCAGGAUCACUUUGGGAAGCAUUUGCUCUGAGUUGAACCUCAGAGGAGGAUUGGGCGAUGAAGUGCCAGCCAAUGUUACCAUUGGUCAAAAGCCAAUGAAAACCGGAAAAAACUUCUACUACCUCAACUUCGCCGAAGAAAAACCUUGCUUAUCGUUGCGAUCCAAAUGGCCGGAUUUCAGGAAGCGAAUGUACCAUUCGAACAUGUUGGAGAAAAUCGCGAAAACUUUGAAAACUCGCUUGGAAGAAAUUGAACUGAUGUUCACCAAAACAUCUUCAGCACUAAUCGAAGAUCGCCUGAAGGAAACUAUCGAUAUUUUAUUCACCAUGGCCAAGAAAUACGUGGAAGUGAUCACGGUCAGUUAUGACUUUGACUAUGGAAGUCCCUUGGACAAGGAAAGAACUCAAAUGUGCCUGAGAAGCAUGAACGGCAUUCUUGACCGUCUGCAGUUCUUGCAAGCGAACAAAUCGAAGAAAUUAAUUUUCCGCCACUUGGACGAUAUUCAAAAGAAACUAGAGGCGCUGGUAGAAGAUGCCCAACCCUGCUGGCCAGACGUGUUCCUGUGGAUGACCUGCGGCAACAAGAAAGUCGGUUGCUUAAGAAUCCCGGCUCGGGAGAUUGUUUUUUCGCCUGUUGAAGAGGAAAUUGGGCAAUUUUGCGGAAAGAUUACACCGAGACUUUUUAUGCUAGAAGAUAAAAACGCCAUUAUAUGCAAAAUCGAGCUCCUAAUGUGGGCCGGAUUGGAAAAGCAGCAGCAGGAUUGUUUCAACUUAUUGCCCAAAGGCUUCAAGUAUGAAGGAAGACAACUCGUGGCUGAAGAGAAGCACCUUUUUGAAGGCAAAGCCUACAUUUUUGAGGGCGAAAUUCAGCCGGGGUUUGAUGAGAGCGGUCUAGUCGAUCCGUUCGUUCAAGUGUGCCUGAACAAAGAACUCAAGGAAACUCAGGUAAAGAAGAAUGUUUUGGUGCCAGUUUGGGACCAAACGCUAACAUUCCACAACGUCUGCCUGCACGGGGCCCGAGAGCACAUUAUCCAGAACCCGCCCAGUAUUUUGGUGCAAAUGUUCGACCAAGAUCCGUUAUCAGUUGAGUUCGUCGGAAGAACAAUUGUAAGGCCAAACAUGCGGCUUCUGGAUGGAACAUCUGAGCUGAAGACUACUCAAGACACCAAGUUGGCUUAUCAUUAUUUACGAAGCAGGGAGGAGGUACUGGGAGAGGUUUUAGCUGCAUUUGAACUGAUAGAGAUUAGCCAACCGACUCAAGCUGCGUUCGAAGACCAAUUAGUGGCGAUUCCCUCGUAUCUUAAGCCACGGAUCGAAUCAUACAGGGUGGAGGUGCUGUUUUGGGGAGUGCGGAAUUUGAAAAAAGUGAAUCUCAUCAGGAUAAAUCGACCGAAAAUCACCUUUUACUGCGGCAACAAAACCCUCGAAUCGCAGGUGAUGGAGAACGCAAGAAAAUACUCAAACUUUAUCAAAAAUACUGGAGUUUUGGAUGUGAACAUGGCAUCCCAAGAGGAGUAUCCAGAAGCCUUCCAGUUCAAGCUGUUUGAUAGCCGCAAAUUUGGAGUCUACGUCUUUGCUGGUAUCAGCAUUAGUGACACCGCCCCCUUUCUAUUUAAGCCAAUGACCGUUGAGGAACGACUCAAUCUACUGAGCCAAUACAAGUCCAGCAGUUUGGCCAUGCACAGCGUUACAAGUUCGGAGGUUUUCGUCGAUAACUGGGACUUGGCGUUGAGGAACCUGAACGAAGACAAACCAGUUGAAGAAUCUGCAGCGAAAAGAUGCUGCAAAGCGCUGUGGAAGUGCCUGAAGUGUUUUGGUGGGCGCCGGCAGCCUUUUAAGAAGUCCAAGAGCGACUAUUCCUUGCUGUCCUCUGAAGACCUGGAAGAAGACUACAGUGACUUUGACUGGUGGACUAAGUUCUACGCUUCAAUCGAUGAGCAUGCGAAGGGCGGUAAGAAGGAGCAAAUUCCACCUGCUCAUCGCAACAUGCUCAAGGUUUACGCCAACGAACUGGAAAACCAACCAGAAUUUCAAGGAUUCUCGGACAUGUUAACGAGUUUCGAGAUUUUCAAAGGGAAACGGACUGGGGAUGAGUUAUUGGACGAGCAACUGACUACGGCCGUGUUCAAGGGAUCGGUGAAGAUUUACCAGUGGCCUCCGGAGGACGGCGAUGUGGACAAGUACGUGACUCCUAAUGGCACGUUGGUGAAGAAUGGCAUCUUUUGCAACUACCCGCCUAAUGCUCCUGUGCAAUACAUUUUGAGAAUUUAUUGCGUUCGCGCUAUCAAUUUGCGACCCAAAGACCUGAACGGAAAGUCCGAUCCCUACAUACAAAUCCAGCUGGGAGCCAAACUGGUCUCAGACAGGGAAAAUUACAUCCCUAAAGAUGUAAAUCCCAUAUUCGGCAGAUGCUUUGAGUUCCAGGCCUCUUUCCCCGAAACCACUUCGGUUACCGUCAAAGUUUCCGACUACGAUACGACUUCUGCAGACGAUCUGAUUGGCGAAACGAAAAUCGACCUGGAAAAUCGAUUCUACACAAAGCAUGGGGCGCGAUGCGGAUUGGCCGAGUCCUAUUUUGACUCAGGGUACUGUCGAUGGCGCGACCAGAAGAAACCCACUGAAAUCUUGGCGAUUUUGUGCAAAAAAUGGGGCAUCGAAGAGCCGAUUUACAGCGACAAAUGUGUUACAGUGAAUGGAAAAGAAUUCGCUCCAGUGGAGGUGAAAUCUGUAGAAGAUCCAUGCUUGGACAAGGAAAACUUAGCGCUUGAGGCUUUACGAAACUGGCAUGAAAUGCCAGUGGUUGGUUUCAAGUUGGUUCCCGAGCAUGUUGAGACCAGAUCACUGUUUACCCCAGAUAAACCAGGCAUAGAGCAGGGCAAAAUCCAACUCUGGAUUGACAUGUUUCCUCGCCUCGACUGCCCUGUUCCCGAUAAAAUCAACAUAACGCCUCGAAAACCCGUUUCCUACGAGCUACGGGUGAUCAUCUGGAACACCGAAGACAUCAUUCUGAGUGAGGACGAUUUUUUUUCGGGCGAAAAAAAAUCCGACAUCUACGUUAAAGGAUGGUUGGAUCAGCCUCAAAACACCCAGUUUACCGAUGUUCACUAUCGAUCCUUAACAGGCGAAGGCAACUUCAACUGGAGGUUUAUUUUUAAAUUCGACUAUCUGGCAACAGAAAACAAGCUGGUGAUGAAACGGAAGGAAUCCAUAUUUUCCAAGGAUGCAACUGAAUUGAAAAUUCCCUGUGCCUUGCACUUGACUGUGUGGGACAACGACACUUUUUCAGCAGAUGAUUUUUUGGGUUCCUUGGUGCUGGAACUGGCCAGAAUGCCUCGAGGCGCCCGCUCGUCCAAAAAAUGCGACUUAUCCAUCCUGGAACCCAACGCUAAAAAGAUCAACCUGUUCAAGCUCAGAAGAACCAAAGGAUGGUGGCCGUUUCAGGCGACAGACCGCAAAACCCAACAAACAAUGCUUGGGGGAAAAGUUGAGCUUGAGCUGGAAAUCCUCACCAAAGAAGAAGCGCAAGUGAAUAUAGUGGGAAUGGGCCGACAAGGCCCUGAAGCGCUGCCUCCGCCAAAGUUGGGCGAUCGAAUCCAGCACCGACACUACCAGGGGGGAGAUUCGACGUUUUUCGCCUGCUUUCGAAAGCCCUUUAAACGAUCGCCAUUCAAACGCUCAAAAGGCCUGUCGAAAGAUUGCAGCAUUUUUUUUGCAGUUCUUCUAAUCAUUGCCAUAAUGUUUGCGAUUUGCAUGUUUUUGUAUUUCGGCGGAUAUAUACAGGGCGCCAAUGGCAGCUGCGCCAAAAGAAAAAGAACAGUGGCCGAUUUAGAUGAGGAUUUUCCCUGAACUUUGAGAUCGUAGUUAAGAGAAAGCUGUGAUUAUUUUUAUAUUUUUAGUGUUUUAAUAUAGUGUGGAAGUCGUGAA